AUGAACGUUUGUUUCUUCCUCUUGCUCAUUACGCUCUUUGGUCUGGCCGCCAUCACAAAUUGGGAUAAGCACGUACUCGCCCUGCUGGUUACCUCGACAAUCUUGUGGGCAGCAAUGAUCUGGUUCGUGAUGAUGAUCACGGCGGUGCAAACAAAUCCGGAGAACAUGCCCAACACGGACAUGACAAUCCCCUCGGACGGAGGAGACGACGCACUGCCGACCGAAACUCGCAAGGAUCAGUAG